AUGGAGAACUUAUUAUCUCUGCUCUGUUGUUAUUAUUCUUUGCUGAUUUUGUUUCAGUACAAAUAUCAGGUGCAUGGAAACUAUUCCCAGCUACCCAAACACCCAGGGUUCAAAGUUCUUGCCUCAGCUUCUCAUUACUGGCCAUUGGAAGAUGUGGAUGGAAUUCAUGAAUUUCGGGAUGCGAAUGGAGAUAUGGUAGAAGGAAUGGUGAACAAAGGAAUUUACGUCACUGAAAAGAAAGGAGUUACCUUUCUCUUUUUUGGAAGCUAUCAAAAUUCUUGCAUUAGUAAUCCAGAGGUUUGUGGACCAGAAGGUGUAACAUUUUCCUUUUUCUGGAAGACGCAAGAUCAGCAAGCUAAGCAUCUCCCUGCCUCUGGUGGACAAGUAAUUUCUAGUGGUUUCAAAAUCUGUUCCAAUGAAGGUGAGGGCUCAGUGGAAUUCUACACCCGUGGAAGUGCCAUGAUGAAGUGGAAAGCAAGCUUUAGUCCACCAGGGCCUUAUUGGACUCAUAUCCUCUUUACUUGGAAAUCGAGAGAAGGACUGAAAGUCUAUGUCAACGGAACUCUAAACACAACUGAUCCAGAUGGGAAAGUUUUCUAUGAUUAUGGAGACCCCAGUGCAAAUCUACUGACUGGGACAGAGGGGGAUCAAACCAAGCGCUAUGUGAAUGGGGCAUUUGAUGAAUUCAUUAUAUGGGAAAGGGCACUCACCCCCAAUGAGAUUGAGCAGUACUUUACAGCUGCGAUUGGUGUGCAAGUUUUGCUCUCUUCAACGAUUCCGUGGUCUGUGAUGACAACCACUACAAAACCUGCGCUCUCUCCGAACGCCUAUCAACCCAUCAUCACGAAUCUGACCGAGGAGAGAGGGAACUUCCACUCCCCCGACACCAUGCUGGGCUACCUGGAGAACGUGUCCUUCAGCUUACCCCACAAAUCCUUGUCAGAAAAUACUGCUCUAAGCCUGACAGAGGCCUUUUUACAAGUUAUUGAAGACUUUCUGUUAUUGCCUAACUGGAUUGAUGUACAAGAGACUGCUUAUAUAUUUGGAAGUUUAAUUCAAACUAUUGACAGUGUGAUGGCUCAUAUGAUGCACAAUCUAGACGAAGAAUCGUUACCUUUAACUGUUGAGGGCAUGUCGUCUGUGGCAGAUUACACCUUGGUCAAAAUGCAUCCUCAGAGUCUGAAUUUGUCACACUAUCGAUUUCCAUCUCAAGGACAGAGUUAUAUUUCCAUUCCCAGUGAAGCUUUUCAUGAGAAAGCUUGGAUUACCAUUGUUGGCCUGCUUUACCAUAACAUGCAUUAUUUCUUUCAUAAUAUCAACCCUAUGGAUACCAAGAUUGCUGAAGCUGCUGCCUACAAAGGUUACAUGAUCUCAGCAACCAGUUAUCUUAUCUCUAUCAAAGUGGAACCCCUACCCAAGUUGUCCCACAACCUGUCAGGAUCUCCUCUUAUUACCAUCCAGCUCACCCACAAACUG